GUUUUGGGCUCAAGUGGAUUGUUUGUGCCCAAUCUCUUUGCGCCGACAACUACGAAAGUGACGGCAUCCCUGGCCUUGCCGGCAGACACUCGACCAAGGAGUUUCUCUGACGGAUGACCUGCACCAACACCGAGAUCGGCCAAGCCCCCUUUGUCAGCAGCUUCCAGGCUUGCAGCGAGCGCCCCAACGCCCUGAAGCGAAGCCACAGCGACCCAGGGAACACGUUGCACCGGUUCUUCGGCGAGGGGCGUGGCAGCGGGCGCUGCGCUUCCGUGUUGGACGACACGGCGUGCGUCUCUUCCGCAUCGGAGGACGAGUCGACUUCUGCUCCUGGGAGCCACGCCUCAGAGGCACCGAGCACUCCAACUGAGUACGAGCAGGCAGAUCGUCUUGGGGAGGAGGGCUCGCCAGAGCUGUGGCCAGACACUGACAACGAUGAUGAGGUGUACGAGUGGUCGCCCUGCAGCCGCAGGCGUGGCGCAGUCCCAGCUACUGUCACGUUCGGGACGCAGGCGUCAGGCGUAUGGUGCCCAACGUUCCUGACGCCGCAGCAGACUCUCGCCACGACUCAGGCCGGCGGUGAUGCUUGCCCCCUCGUGUCACCGAUGCUCUUGCAGAUGACCGCCGUGGCCCUGCAGGGGCCGCGUUGCUUCGGCGGCCAGUUCCCUCCGUCGGCGCGCCCUGUGCCGGCAAAUGCCCCCAUUGCGCCAGGCGGCCGUGCUGGCAGCAUGGAGUCCGCCAUGGAGGCCGCCGCGUCGGCCCUCGCGGCCCUUGAGGCGGCAGAGGCGGGGCCUGCGGAGGCCGCCGACCGCGCUCGAGCCUCGCAGAAGCGGGCGGCGAGUGCUGCGAGGGGGGGGCCCGGGGCACUGGGCGCCAAGGGGUCCGCGACGGCAGCCCCACCCGCGGGUGCUGCGAAGGACUCGGCGGGCAGGGGUUGCACGGCCCUGUUAGUUGGGAAGUCACCGGUGCCGCCUCUUCGGGGGGUGACCUCCCUGAUGCUGAGCGGUCUGCCCCAGGAGCUGGGCCAGCGCGAGCUUCUGGAGGACAUCCACCGCUCGGGCUUCGUCGGCAGGGUUGAUUCCUCUCGCUUCGCGGGGGGUGCACGUCCGGACCACGUACAGUCACGUCGUCGCGGGGCCUCUUGGGAGCCUCUUGGGGGCCUCCUGGAGGCCUCCUGGGAGUUUCUUUUGGCCUCUUGGGGACUUCUUUGGGGCCGGCUCUAAUCAUGGGCGCCGCAGUGACCAACUUCCACC